AAUGGAAAAUACUACACGAUCAGAAAAUUUGGAUAUACCACAAAUAUCUGAAGAGUCACUGAAAAUUGAAGAAGAGCACAGUGCUGCAAAGAAAAAUUAUUUCAAAGUACAAAUAUUCCUUAACGUACUUAAAGAAGUUAUACGAGAGAAAAAAACAACACAGCCUAAUUUAUACGACCAAAUUGAGAGACAACUCACGUAUGCCAAAGUAAAAAGUUUGUUGCCAUCACAAGGAGAAUGUGGAAAGAGCAUGUAUUCUGAAGGUCUUCUUGGUCUCUCUCGUGAAUCUAUAAUACAAACUACAGACAAAGUUAAAAAUCAAAUUCUUCCACUGGCUUUAGCCGAUAUAGAAACAAAUUUAGCAUCAAAGUUCGAACAUCUAUCAAAAAUACUUCACAUUCCCAGUUCGGAUAGCCACUAUACUCGUAUUAAGAAAAUUGCGAAACAGAAACAGCAAAUUACUGAUAUAGAGAAUGAAAUGAGGGAAAAAUGUGUCCAGCUUAAACUUCUCUUCUUCGAAUAUGUUAAUGGCAUGAGGGAAGCAACGGAAAGUCUCAUAGCAUCUUUAAAUCCAGUUGAUAGGUUGUUACGUUACAGUAAAGAUGAGUUAUCGUUUAUUCGUACAAGAUCUGAGGCGCUUCACUUGAAGAUGAAGCUAACAGAAAUGGAAUUGGUUCUAGAUACCUACAGUAGUCAAUCAAUUGAGGCCUUAAAGUGUAUUUCAUCUCGAUUAAACAAUCAGGUAGAUGCUAGAAGUCAUGAAAUUGAUAAUCUUACAACAAAAAUUCAAGCAUAUGAAAAUGUUGGUGGAGAAUUUGACAGUCUGGUUAAGCAGUAUGUGACCCUUGUUGAAGAUAUGCAAGAUAAGAAAGAUAUGCUUCUUCAAAUGGCUGGUUCUGAAGCGACUGAAUAA